CUCGCUUGUCUCCACAGAGAUUAAAAGCUCAAGUAUCACCCCCAGAGAGGAACGUGCUGUCGUGAGCCCGACCGGCGAAAGAGCGAAAGACUGAUUUUGCUGCGGGAUCCAUGGCCAAGGUCAGGAGGCUAUUUGGCCUCGUGCUGAGGCUACUCGCCUUCGGAGCGACCGCGUCGGCGGCUAUCGUGAUGGGGACGAGCCGCCAGAGAGCCAGUGUCUUCUCGAUAUCUUUCGAAGCCAAGUACAGCGACAUUCCGUCCUUCAAGUACUUUCUGAUUGCCAAUGCCAUCGUUAGCGUCUACAGCUUUCUGGUCAUCUUUCUUCCGGCGGAGACCUUGCUUUGGAGACUAGUUGCUGCAUUCGAUUUGGCUGUCACCAUGCUACUAACUUCGAGCAUAUCUGCGGCGUUGGCGGUUGCUCAAGUGGGCAAGGAUGGAAACGCUCACGCAGGAUGGCUACCAAUCUGCGGCCAAGUCCCCACGUACUGCGACCACGUGACCGGAGCUCUAGGGGCCGGUUUCGCUGGGCUCAUUUUGUACGUGAUGAUACUCCUUUAUUCCUUACACACUGUCCUGUAUCCUCUCCUAGUUUGAGGGAUUUACACCCCAGCAGACGACUUUAGACUAUGUAUAUGAAGUUUGAAGAAUUUUUGCUUGGACUUUAAUUUCCCAGCAUCCUUUCCCGGCAAUCUAUAACGCUAGACUUACAAGGAACCCUAUGAAGGAUCAACCAGUGUGUUGCAUAUAUCUGCUUUAGUGUACUUGCUCUUAUUUGAAUGAAUACGUCCAUCCAUUCCACUA